AUGUUUAUUUCAGUACCAGUACGUGCAAGUAUGGUUGAUAUUCCUCCGAAUGCAAGAUGGUCAACGAAUGGUAUCACUGUUGCUGGAGGAAAUGGGCAAGGCAAUGGAUCCCAUCAACUCAGUUGUCCAUUGGGUUUGUACGUCGACGAUGAGCAAACGGUUUAUGUCGCUGAUCAGAAUAAUCAUCGUAUUGUGGAAUGGAAACCUGGUACAACGGAUGGCACAGUGGUUGCUGGCGGAAAUGGAGCUCAUCAAUUAAAUCAACCACUAGAUGUGAUUAUCAACAGAGAGAGCGAUAGUCUCAUUAUCAACGAAUGGCGAAAUCGAAGAGUAGUUCGAUGGCCUCGUCGAAAUGGUACUUGUGGAGAAACAGUUAUUUCAAAUAUCUCUUGCUUCGGUUUGACAAUGGACAACAAUCGUUCUUUCUAUGUCGUUGACUUACAAGAACAUGAAGUAAGACGAUAUAAAAUUGGUGACACACAAGGAACAGUGGUUGCAGAUGGCAACGGAGCAGGAAACCGUCUCGAUUAG